GUUGAGGCUAACUCCCGGUGUGUGUGUGUGUGUGUGUGUGUGUGUUUAGAGACACACUCCCUCUCUCCGCUGCGGCUCUCCGGUCAGUUCAUCAGCGCAGGGUUUCCGGCUUUACUUCGCACUCAGAGCGAUCUCUUCUUCCACACACACUGAAAGAGGAAUAAUGAGUGCAGAGGGCCUUUCAUCACUUUUGAUGACAUCAUCAUCAUCGGUUAGGUCACACACCCCUCCUGUGGAGCACCUGGACUAUGCCUACAUCCAGCAGUGUGUCGAUUUAAAAUACCUGGAAAAGAUCCUGAACGUGCUCAGGUCAGGUACAGAGGGGGUGUAUCCACACCUGGUGGAGUUCUGUGAGAAGCGCAUCGAGGCGUUGGACCCGCGACAUCGCGCUCUGAGGAAGGACAGCCGUCCCGCCACCGCCGCCUCGUUCUCCUCAGACGAGUGGAGACGCAUCACUGACGAGCUGCAGGCCUGGCAGAGAGAGAUCACAGAAAGUGAGCAUAAACUCAUGCAGUCUCCCAUCUUCAACAUUGACACACUCCCAUCUGUAAACAACCGCACACUACAGAGACCAAGAAACACCACGUCCUCUACAACACACAGGAAACGAUGUGCUGCUCCCCGAUCAUACAGCGACUGGGACAGGUUUGAUGUUGAGGAGGAGUGUGCUCGGGUAGAUAAAAGCACGAAUACCAGUGAUACACCUGUUGUGGUAAACUCCGCCCACUCACACCUCAAACAGCAUAUCGACACCUCAGCUCUGAGCCAGCAGGAGAGGUGUGUGUUAGCCACCCGAGAGAGGGAGAAAGGAAACGAGGCCUUCAGAGCGGGGGAUUGGGACGAGGCCGUAAUCUACUACACCAGGAGUCUGAGUAUCUUGCCCACAGUAGCUGGGUUUAAUAACAGAGCUCAGGCUGAGAUUAAGCUGCAGCGCUGGACUGAUGCACUGAGAGACUGUGACGCUGUGCUGGACAUCGAAACUCAUAACAGUAAAGCUUUGCUGCGUCGUGCAACUGUGAACAAACACCUGGGGGCGCUACAGGCAGUACAUGAUGACCUCACAACUGUUCUUGAGUCUGAGCCUUACAACAUUACGGCACAGAAACUUCUGCUGGAAGUGAAUAAGCAACUAAAUCUGGAGCUGCACCACAAGUCACAGCCACCUCACGAGCCAAUCAGAGGGAAGAAGCUUCUGAUUCAGGAAGUGGAUGAGGGAAAAGAGGAAGAGACAGGUGGUGAGACAGAUGCUGGAGGUGCAGAAGUGGACAAACAGGCUCUGAGUGACGAAGAAGGACAAACAGAUGGGGAGACAGAGGGACAGAGAGAUGGAAAGACAGAGGGACAGAGAGAUAGAGAGACAGAGAGACAGAGAGAUGGAGAGACAGAGGGACAGAGAGAUGGAGAGACAGAGGGGCAGAGAGAUGGAAAGACAGAGGGACAGAGAGAUGGAGAGACAGAGGGACAGAGAGAUGGAGAGACAGAGGGACAGAGAGAUGGAGAGACAGAGGGACAGAGAGAUGGAGAGACAGAGGGACAGAGAGAUGGAGAGACAGAGGGACAGAGAGAUGGAGAGACAGAGGGACAGAGAGAUGGAGUGAGACAGGGUGUGAAUGCUGCAGUAAUGAGAACAGAGGGUAACGAGCUGUACAGGAGCGGACAAUACGGAGACGCAGCUGAAAAAUACACACACGGCAUCACAACACUUACACAAUCAGGUGUGUACAGUGAUGAGGACCUGUUUGUUCUGUACUGUAACAGAGCUGCGUGCUUUCUGAAGAUGGGGCUGAGUUCUGAGUGUGUGUCAGACUGUAGCCGAGCCCUCCAGCUGAAGCCGUUCAGUGUGAAAGCUCUGUUGAGGCGAGCGAUGGCGUUUGAGACUCUGGAACACUUUCGGCUCGCAUAUGUGGAUUACAAAACUGUACAACAAAUACACAACACACAGAGUGUACAGCAGCAGGUCAACAGGCUUACUCGGAUGCUGAUGGAGCAGGAUGGUUCUGAUUGGAGAACUAAACUCCCAGAGGUUCCGCCCACAUCACAGACCACACCCAACACACUCACUGUGCCCAAUUCAAAGUUCCCGCCCACCAUAAAGACUCCGCCCAUCACACAGGGUCCCACCGCAAUGGAGAUCCUGCUACACAAAGAAGCUCCGCCCAUCGAUGAUCUAUCACAACCACGUAGACACAUCACCAUAGUGGAGGUAGAAAGUGAUGAUGAUGGUGAUGAAGAUGGUCCUGCUGCUGCUGAAGACCCGGAUGGUGAAGAUGACGAUGGUAAUUACAAAGAGCCGGGUGAUGAAGGUGAUGAAGAUGAAAAGGGUCCUGGUGAUGAUGAAGGUGGUGAUGAUGAUGUUCGUGAUGAAGGUGGUGAUGAUGAAAAGGGUCCUGGUGAUGAUGAAGGUGGUGAUGAUGAUGUUGGUGAUGAAGGUGGUGAUGAUGUCAUGACCUCAUGUCCAACUAAUGCCUUUGAGUUUGGCCAGGCUUUGAAUGCGGCCCGUUGCCAUGGUGACCUGGUGGCAUGUGCCCAGCUCCUGAGGAGCGUGCCACCUCACACCCUCCCUGAGCACAUCAGCACACAGCUGGACACACACACUCUCAGCUUCAUCACACACACGCUGCACACACACAUCCUGCCCACUGAUCCUGGCCUGGUGUACCGUCUCCUCACACACCUGCACACCGCUGGAAGAUUUAGGGUGGCCCUGAUGCUGAUGGACUCAGAUGAGAGAGGACAGAUCACACAGCUGUUUGGAUGUUUCAGUAUAGUGGAGUGUGAUGAGUUCACACAUGAGAACAUUGAGAGCCUGGCUGAUAAAUUUUUAUGACACACACACACACACAUGCAGUGAAAUGUGUAUGUGGCUGUCUCUCACCUAAACACUAAAAAAUAACACCACAAUUACGACUAAAGACAGAAUUUGUAAUAAAAUUUAAAAUUUAAGCUGGAAGUUAAGAUACAAGAUAAAGUGAAAAUAAAAAUAUAAAUAACACACAAACAGAAUUGACAGAAUAAAAGGGCGGUGUGGGCAGAGCUGGGAUGGGGGCGGAGUCAGGAUCAUUUCACCCGCUUCUGGCUUCCAAGUGUUUGUAAAAGGUAUUAGGGGUCCACCCCCCCCACCCCCACUGUCACUGUAGCUCAUGUGAUGUCAUACUGUGCCUUGAAAAAAAGUCUAGAUUUAACCUUAUAACCUUGUGUGUGUGUCCUCACGCUCCUGACAUAAGGGUUAUGUAAAAUGAGAGGAAUCCCAUUUAGACGAUUGUAUAAAUAUCAUCCUGAAAAAAAAAAAAAAAUUUCUUUAAAGUUUAAAAAGGACCGUCUGCUCUCUCUGUAACUCCUGAAACCAUUGUGUGUUAGAUCACGACGUGUGAUUGUACAGAAACAUUUCCUCAGAUUUUCCUGUUUUUAUGUUCUUUUUGGUUUAUUUGACUACAGGAAUGAGAAGGAGGAUACAUACUUUAUAACAAAUGUAAUCUUUCUAAGUUUAUUUAUUCAUAAAUAUUAAUUUUAUAACAGUAUACGUCUCUUUCUUGUACUCAGAAAUGUCAUUGUAAGAUAAUUAGAGAGUAGUAAGUCUUUUAAAGACUCCGCAGCUGUUAGUGUUUUACAUGUAUGUGAGUUAUACGGGAUAAAUGUUUAUUUUGUUAAAUGUUCAUUUUAGUAAAUGUUUUAUUGCUUAUUUUAUCCUCCCUGGAUGUGACUGUGCAAAAUACAAAAAAUAA